AUUUUGUUGCUCUGGUGUUUUGCUGAGAUAAUCUAGCUAGAUUCAUAUUCAUAACGUUACUUUGUAGAGAUGUAUGUAUGUUAUUUUUUGUUUUCCAGUUCAUGAGGAUGAUUUUCUUGGCAAUGACUAGUGAUAUCAAAGUUAUACUUUUGUUUUCUGGUGUUGUAUUCAGUGGUUGAUGUGUCUCCUAGCAGGCAGGGUGAUGGUGUCGGGUGGAUUUGGGUUCAACCAAGCUGAACUGCACAAAAUUUUGCACCAGGAGUAAAGGCAAAAAGUUAUCGAAAAGCAGUGUGUAAGACUGGUGGAGGAGAACAUGAUGCCAAGAUGCAUGAAAACUGUGAUUAAAACCAGGGUCAUUACACCAAAUAUUGAUUUCUGAACUCUUAAAACUUUAUGAAUAUGAACUUGUUUUCUUUGCAUUAUUUGAGGUCUGAAAGCUCUGCAUCUUUUUUUGUUAUUUCAGCCAUUUCUCAUUUUCUGCAAAUAAAUGCUUUAUUAAUACAAAAUGUUUAUUUGAAAUUGGGGAGAAAUGUUCGUAGUUUAUAGGAUAAAACAACAAUGUGUUUAUUCAUACUCAAACAUAUACCUAUAAAUAGCAAAAUCCCUCAGCUCACUAAACAUACCCUGGAAUCGCAUUCAUCCGCUCUGAAAGGAGACCACAUCACACCCGCCCAGUUUAAAAUGAUUCUUCCGCAUGCUCUGUGUAAUUAAAUCCCCCAAAUCCCCAAACUUACGGACAUUAGCUUUAAAAGCUUUAAAAUUGUUUAUUCAGUAUUAAAAAACUUUAGUAUUGUGUUUUGUUGGGAAAAGUAGUCAAAUGUUUUGUGUACAAUGUAUUAAAAAUAUAUAUCUGAUUUUGCUCAAUUGCUCCAUAAAAACCCAUUAAUUUUGGUCUCGCUGAAACUCAGAGAGUCUGGCUGUACUCCCCUUUCUAUUAUUAUACAUAAAUGUUGUAUACAACUUCUGACGUCUAAGUAGAGACACGCAUAGCUUAGAGAAAGUAUGUUUAAUCAGCGUUCAUUUAUCCAUGUCUAAUGUAUUCAUUGGAACGUCAGCGUUGAUUUAUUUGUAUGAUUAUUAUUUUUAUUUUACAUAGAUUUUAAUUAUAGUUUAUAUUUUUUGUUUGUAUUAAACUUACGUUACUUGCAUUAAAUAUUUAUAUCUUGUUUGUAUUGCAUUAUAAUAUAAUAGCUUGUACUGUGGUCUUUCAUUGUAAAAAGGGACAUUUAUUAUUUAUUUUAAAUAAAUAUUUUAUUACACCCUUCUGUCAAACAAUAUACAACAAAAUACAAACUGUGACACAGGGCAGAUCUACAGAUACAGUUUAUUAUUAUAAUUAUUGUCCAUCUAUUUGUGCACUCAGGUUUGACAAGGAAUAAAACAAUAAAGAAAAAUACAAAUUUAAUACUAGUAAUAUUUCGGCUUGUUUAACCCGUUUUGUUUACAGAACAAUUCAGCAUGUGUUCCUGUAUAGCUUUAAUAUAGUGUUUAAUAUUAAAUGUAAAAAUGUAAUUGUACAAUUUUGAGAUUAAGAAUGUAGAGGCAUCUCCAAACUUUUGACUGGUACUGUUCUAAUAUGUAAUGUGCAAAGAUGCGGGGUGUUCUUUUAAACUUGUUUUAUAAAACUGAAUUCUUAUUCUUUCUUUAAUAAAUAUUUGGUUCUGAACUUAUUCUGCAGUGAUUUAAGACAAUUGCAUAUUGCCACUGUCCAAUACUUGAAAAACAAGUAUGUUAAUGUUUGCGUUAUAUUACAUAUAUCAAAUAUACAGGGGUUGGACAAUGAAACUAAAAUACUUUUAUGUUUUUUGGAUACAAUCCGGGUUAGCACCCGAACAUUCCUUUCAGACAGCUUCCUCUUACAGCGUCCACAGUUAAUCCUGUUGGAUGUGGUUGGUCCUUCUUGGCGGUAUGCUGACGUUACCCUGGAUACCGUGGCUCUUGAUGCAUCACAAAGACUUGCUGUCUUGGUCACAGAUGCUCCAUCAAGACGUGCACCAACAAUUUGUCCUCUUUUGAACUCUGAUUUUCUAAAGACAGACGCGUGGCAGAAACGACGUACACCACACCCAGAACCUACUGGACCUCGUCGGAUGAGUCCACUUGUUCAGCAUCAGAGACAACGGACAAACAACAGACGAACGGAGGAAAGCAUCGUCUCAAGAGGGAGAAGGAAGCUGUGGUUUAUCUGAGAGCGUUUACGUGAGUCUGAAUAAGGAGGUUCUGGUGACGCUGAUGUUUCGCUGUUUUGAGUGCUCCAGUGAGUGCCGGGUUCGAGGAAAAGGCAAUGGGGGGAAUCUCUUAUUGAGACAGGAGUGUCUGAUCUGCUGUAACUACAGACUGUGGACCUCACAGUCAGAUCAAAGCAUGAAGGAAGAGGUUUCCAAUUCACCUGUAACAGGUGUUGCCUGUGAUGAACACAGAGGCCUGAGCACAGAGAGGAUAAGUCAGAAUGAAAAUUCUGUAAGGCAGGAGGACAGAGUGGACUUAAAUGCCGUUCAGGAAGAAACGCAGGUUACGGGUGGCACUAUCACUAGCUUUUUAGUGAAGGAAGAAAAGGAAGAUGACGUUGAGAGGGAGGUGGAGAGUCUCCUGAUGGAGACGUUCGUGGAUCAAGGUCCGCUUUGCCCAGUCCUCAGUAAUGGCCACAGUAAUGUUACAUCAGAAACACAGGACAGAGUCGAACAUCCGCACGCAUCACUGACUGUUCAGGUUAAAGUGAUUCCUGAUAACCAUGAGGAGGAGGAAGAGGAGCAGCAGGACGAUUCAGAAGAAGACUCAAAAACGGACAGCUCAGAGGAAGAACCUUGUGAAAAGGACCUUGACCUGUUUUGUCAUAAGCUCAUUCAGAGCACAGUUAAACCGAUAUAUUGGUGUCUAGACUGUGGGGCGACUGUACGAAUGCCCUGCCAAAUUCAGCGGCACAAAAAGAUCUUUGGCUGCCCGGCCUGUGGUGACGGGGACACUGUUGAAGGCUGCAGUUCUGACGACUUCUCUGUCCAUUUCAGUGAUAAAGAGAGUUUUCAUAAGCAUGCUAUAGAAAUGCACUGUGCUAAAGAAGUGCUGAAUGAACGCACAGUUUGCCCAGACUGUAAAAAAACCUUCAGGGUUCAAUCUGACCCCAGCAAACCGGGCCACGUGUGCAAAUACAAGAUCAAACCGUUCUCCUGCCAUUUAUGUCCCAAGCGAUUCGCCACAGAGGUCGGACAGAAGGUGCAUUACCGCAGGCUGCACAAAGACUACACCCACCUCUGCAAGUUCUGCAUGGCGGUAUUCGAUUCGAGAGCGUCCAAACUCGACCACGAACAGGAGCACAGCGAAGACGAGCUGCCCUUCCUCUGCCCAGACUGUCCUGAACAGUUUAAAGACUACAUCACACGUAACGAACACCUGAAAAGCCACAGAGGUCAGAAGACUUACCCCUGCCACAAAUGUGAUCGAAUACUUACCUCUCUAAACCAUUACGAGAGGCACAUGCUCACCCACUCAGGAGAGAAGCCUCACAGAUGCGAAGUGUGUGAUCGUUCCUUCAACCAGGCCGGAAACCUGAAGUCUCACAUGCGUCUCCACACAGGAGAGAGACCCUUCAUGUGUGAGCAGUGUGGAGAGUGCUUCAACCACAACGUCAGCCUGAAGAACCACCUCGUGAGGCGGCACCACGACAAAUCCGCUUCUGUCUCGGGAGACGAGAAUAAACCCAAAGGUAGACCCGUGAGGAAUGCAGUCAGAAAAGCUCAGCGUAAAAAACGAGUGAGAAGGAGCUCCUCCAGUUCCUCUUCUCCAGCUGCUGAUGAUGAUGAUAAUGAUGAGGAUAUGGACCUGGAAUUUGAAUUGGAGAAGGAACUACAGCAGGAUUUAGACUGUUCGGAGGAGAGCCAGGAGCCGGACUCUGAUGGAGAGAAGCAGAAAAGACCUCCUCUAAGGAGGACAGCUAGGAGAAGGAAACCAAAGCAGACAAAAUGAGUCAUCAUUAAAUCACUGGUUAUUUAGGGUGUUUUCUAGGGCUGCAACUAUUGAUUAUUUGGGCAAUCGAUUAGUCGAUUAGUCAACGAUUAUUUCUGCCAAACCCUCAAUAUGUGCUUGCUGUGGGUAUGGCUCCUGUUUCUAGAUUUCCAUAUCAGUUCAAAAUGAUAGAAACAUCUAAACAUGAGAUUUAAACGCCACAGAAAUGUCCAGAAUAGGGGUGUACUAUACCGUAUCGUUCACGAUAA